AUGGCUGAUAAUGACUCUUUUCGGGACUCUUUAAACAAGUCCGCCAGCUUUCCGAAAAGCCUGGUUUAUCACAGAGCCUAUGAGCAUGUUCUCGAGGCACAUGUUGACCGAUUGAAUGAGCAAGACGAUCGGCUGUUCAGCUGCGAAGACAAAACAAAUCUCGAACUAUGGGAGUAUGGAGCCCAAUCUACUGGGUUUAAGUCCCAUCAUUUCAAUAACAGUACACAACUGCGAAACCAUUUCGUGGGAGGGCAGCUCUUUGCAGAGGUUGACCCACAAUGCAGGUUCAUGUUUGUGCAUGCCGCUCACUCAAGAGCAAAAUUAAAAGUCACAAGAUACAUGCUCACGGUUGCGCUCACUUAUCACCAAGCUAUGGCACCAUUCGUCGACUUUCUGUUUUCCUUUGGCAAACAAGAAUAUCCACGGGAUUUCCAUUUCAGCGGAUUUUACCAUGAGACCCACUUGAACAAUGACCAGCCAAACUUGCAUUUACCUGACCUCGGACGGUCUGGUACAGAUUUCAAGAUGUGUUACAAUCUUAAGUCAGUCGAACCAUCCAGUAGCCAGCCACAUUUUCCCUGGUCUGUACGACAAUUAGCAGUGUAUCAUUCAUUUGACGUUGUGACCGGCAAAGCUUUCUGGACUAUGAUCAAGGGGGAUGAACUAAUCAAACAACGCAUUAAGGCUGCCACAAACCCAGACAACCACCCAAAUUUAGACAUGUCAAGUGCAGCACAAGCAUUCUGUGUAGCACUUACUGUACAGCUGAUUAUCUUCGAUUGGUGCCGUGAACAAUGGCGCUGGUAUAUAAGUUACUUAGAAGGACUUCAAGAGAUCACAACAUGCCGAGCCUUGACAAUGAGAUUCGAUAGGCCUUCAGCUCGUCCAGCCCAACCAUCUAACAUAUCUCCACCACGAGCCGCAACAACACCACCGGGAAAGAUAAAACGCGCUGUCACCCGAAUAUUCAGACGGGCUUCAUUAGCUAUUAGAACACUAUCACCAUCGAUUCCACUGGCACCGAUACUUCACCCAGCUGCCCCUCCUCCAGAGUUCGAACCUGACUUUGAAAGUACAGAGCUCUUCUCCUUCUCUGAUCUCCAAAACGUGCAGUCAUACGAGGAAAAGGUAAGUGAGCUACUCCUUGUGAUCAGGUCAAAUAUCAAGAUUGUCUCGGAUAUCAAAGCCUACUACAUGGACCUCGUUGCUUCCACCAAUUUUCCGGACGAGAUAAAGACCGGGUGUUCAAGCAAGAUCAGGGACUUUGAAAAGACUGUUUUCAGUAUUGUCAAUGAUCUCGAAAUGCAGCAUUCACGAGCCAGCAUGUUACUUUCAACGCUGACGAAUCGUAAAGGAUUGCUAAAUGGAGCAUUGAACUACUGCAAUAUGGAAGCUAGUAAGAGAUUCGCCGAGAAGGCAGCGGCAUCAACCAGUGAGAUGCAAAUCAUGACCGAAGAGAUGAAUGCACUCGCCCAGAAAACUAAACAGGAAACGGUCUCAAUGCGUAUCAUCACGCUUGUGACUCUGUUCUUCUUGCCUGGAACCUUCAUCUCUACGAUUAUGAGCACGGACAUACUUCAAUAUUCAAAAAUCCCCGAUACCAACAACUUUAAGGAAGAUUACUCCUCCACGGCACUGAAGCGGUAUGCGACAAUCACACUACCGUUGAUGGCCAUGACAUUCGCGGCGUGGGCAUGGCUAUACCUCACCGCAACAACAAGGAGAGGUGGCUGGAGCCUACAUUCAUCGGUUUUAGUAAAAUCGGCAAAGACUACCAUAUUUGAAGGAUCUGGGGGAUCAACUAUUUUGGGGUCAUUAGAUGACACUGGUAGUCAAAGUAAGGGUAACGCAAAGUGUAGAUUAGGACGAUUAAUGCAGAAGCGGGUAUCAUAUCUCAAGAUGCAGUCCGGAAUAUCAGCAUCCCAAGAGCUGCAUACCGCAUUCCAGACCCUCGUGUCCACGGAAUCUCAGCGCGGCCUCCUCGUGACAAUAGAGAAGGAAUCUUUAGUCCCAUCCGCCAUCCUCUCCCCUUCAACGGGGUCCUUCACCUCCGACCUCUCCCUUCUAACACCGCACAUCACGCCCAAAACUGCACUCUACAUAAUCCUCCGACGUUAUGAGACCUCCUCUCCCGCACCCUUCGUCGCUAUAACCUACGUCCCUGAUGCAGCACCAGUGCGGCAAAAGAUGCUCUUCGCAUCUACGAGGCUGACACUCGUUCGAGAGCUGGGGAUUGAGCGAUUCCGAGAGUCUAUCUUCGCAAAUAGGGAAGACGAGUUGACCGAAGCGGGGUUCAAGAAACAUGAUAAGCAUAAUGAGUUGGAGGCGCCGUUGACGGAGGAAGAGGUUUCUCUGGGCGAGGUGAAGAGGAAGGAGGCUGAGGAGGGGCGGGGAAUGAGUGAGAGGAAGAGCCAUGUUAGCAGUGGUGUGAGUAUGCCUAUUACGGAUGAUGCCUUGGCUGCUUUGAAGAGCUUGGCUAGCGGUGAUGGGGAGGGAGAUAACUUGGUGCAAUUGAAAAUCGACAUCCCUACCGAAACAAUGGAGCUAGCCUCCAUUACCAGCACCCCUAUCGAGUCCCUUCCUACCACGAUUUCCCCCACCGAACCACGCUACUCGGUCUACCGCUUCGCACAUUCUCACAACGGUGAAACCACUUCCCCAAUUCUUUUCAUUUAUACCUGUCCUUCUGGCUCUAAGGUUAAAGAGCGGAUGUUGUAUGCCGCAUCUUCCCGCUCAGCCGUACAAGUAGCGGAAGCGGAGGCGGGGUUGAAGAUUGAGAGGAGGAUCGAGUCAAGUAGCCCUGAGGAUGUUACUGAGGAAAGCAUUAUGGAGGAUUUACAUCCGAAGGUCGAGGUUAAGAGGGCGUUUGAGAGGCCCAAGAGACCCGGCCGGAGAUAA